CUGGGGGGCAGGAGGGCGUGGCGGGCGUGCAGCCCCCUGCUCGGCCCAGCUCCCCGCGGAGCCCCCCCAGCUCGCAGCGGGGCACGACCUGCCCGGCCCAGAGACCUGGGGCCCCGUUUGCGGGGCCUGGGCUACGGGGAAGCCGCGGGGCCGCGGGAGGUUUGCAGCCGCCUGCCUGCCUGCCUGCGGGAGCUGCGUGUGCUCUGGCUGGAGCCCCAGCGCCGCAGCAAGGAGCAGGUCGCGGUGAGGGUGAAGGGCGAGGAGGGGCCCUCCGACGAGAUGCAGCCCCCGGGGGCCCUGCAGGACCCUGGUGAUCCCCGGCGGGAGCAGCCCAGCACCCGUGGUGCGGACAGGCCUCUGGACCAGCCACCUCCCGGCCCCAGAGACGAGCCCCUGCCCCCCCAGCAACCAGGUGUUGGGACCCUGCAGAGAGCUGAGCAGCAGCCUGCUGAGGAGGGGCCGGUGAUCCUGGAGCUGCAGAGGACGUGCGCAGGGAGCCUGGAGGAGAGGAGCUCCCCGACCCCUGAGCCAGGCCAAGUGCAGAAGGGGCAGGGCAUGCCUCCAAAGCAGGAGGAGAGCUCGGAGCUCCGGGAGGUGUUCGAGGACGUGGCUGUGUAUUUCACGCGGAAGGAGUGGGAGCUGCUGGACGAUGAAGACAAGGUGCUUUACCAGGAGCAGAUGGUGAAGAAUUACCAAGCCCUCGUUUCCCUGGGCUAUCGAGGUCCCACACCUGACUUAAUCUGCAGCAUCCAGCAAGGACGGGUGGAUCUUUGGACCUGUGCUGAUGAGGACUGUGGGGAAAUGUCAAGAUGGGAGGACCUGGUGCCAGGAGGUGCCUGGCUGCUGAGCAGAGCUGAGGAGCAGCCUCCUGUAGAAGAGUCUGCAGACAUGGAGCCAGCGCAGACUUCCCCAGAGAGUUUGGCUCAGAUGGACUCCCUGAGACCUGAGAAGGAGCAAUGCUACGAGAGUCAGGGGAGGCCCCAAAAGCAGAAGCAGAAGGAGAAGGUAGCCAUGAGCCAGGACCGAUGCAUCCCCCGAGGGAGGAUCACUCACCAGUGCACUGAGUGCCGGAAGAAUUUCAUCUGCUUGCAAGACCUGUCCCAGCACGAGUGUGUGCGGAAGCACUGCACCAAGCGUGGGAAGAGAUUCAGGCAGCUCUCCAACUUGGUGAGGCACUGGUGCAUGGAAAAAAAGGAGAAGGCACAUCAGUGUUCAGAGUGUGGGAAGAGCUUCACACUUUCCUCCAGCCUAGCCCGGCACCAGCGUAUCCACACAGGGGAGAAGCCACAUCAGUGCUCACAGUGUGGGAAGAGCUUCACACUUUCCUCCAGCCUAGCCCGGCACCAGCGUAUCCACACAGGGGAGAAGCCAUAUCAGUGCUCGGAGUGUGGCAAAAGCUUCACUCAGUCCUCCAGCCUGGCUCAGCACCAGCAUAUCCACACAGGGGAGAAACCCCAUCAGUGCUCAAAGUGUGGGAAGAGCUUCACGCUCUCCUCCCACCUGGCUCAGCACCAGCGUACCCACACAGGGGAGAAGCCACAUCAGUGCUCAGAGUGUGGGAAGAGCUUCACUCGCUCCUCCACCCUGGCCCAGCACCAGCGUAUCCACACAGGGGAGAAGCCCCAUCAGUGCUCAGAGUGUGGGAAGAGCUUCACUCGCUCCUCUACCCUGGCCCAGCACCAGUGUAUCCACACAGGGGAGAAGACAUAUCAGUGCUCAGACUGUGGGAAGAGCUUCACUAAGGCCUCCGAACAGGCUCGGCACCACCGUUUCCACACAGGGGAGAAGCCACAUCAGUGCUCGGAGUGUGGGAAGAGCUUCACUCAGUCCUCCAGCCUGGCCCAGCACCAGCGUAUCCACACAGGGGAGAAACCCCAUCAGUGCUCAGAGUGUGGGAAGAGCUUCACUCAGGCCUCCCACCUGGCUCGGCACCAGCGUAUCCACACAGGGGAGAAGCCACAUCAGUGCUCGGAGUGUGGGAAGAGCUUCACUGUCUCCUCCUCCCUGGCUGACCACCAGCGUAUCCACACAGGGGAGAAGCCACAUCAAUGCUCGGAGUGUGGGAAGAGCUUCACUGUCUCCUCCCACCUGGCCCAGCACCAGCGUAUCCACACAGGGGAGAAGCCCCAUCAGUGCUCAGAGUGUGGGAAGAGCUUCACUCAGUCCUCCACCCUGGCUGAACACCAGCGUAUCCACACAGGGGAGAGACCCCAUCAGUGCUCAGAGUGUGGGAAGAGCUUCACUCAGGCCUCCCACCUGGCUCAGCACCAGCGUAUCCACACAGGGGAGAAGCCACAUCAGUGCUCGGAGUGUGGGAAGAGCUUCACUGUCUCCUCCUACCUGGCUCGGCACCAGCGUAUCCACACAGGGGAGAAGCCACAUCAAUGCUCGGAGUGUGGGAAGAGCUUCACUGUCUCCUCCUACCUGGCUCGGCACCAGCGUAUCCACUCAGGGGAGAAGCCCCAUCAGGGCUCAGAGUGUGGGAAGAGCUUCACUCGGUCGUCCACCCUGGCUCUGCACCGGCGUAUCCACUCAGGGGAGAAGCCACAUUAGUGCUCACAGUGUGGGAAGACAUUCACCUGGUCAUCCAACCUGGCUAAACACCAGUGUACCCACACAGGGGAGAAGCCAUAUCAGUGCUCGGAGUGUGGCAAAAGCUCCGCUCAGUCCUGCAGUCUGGCUCAGCACCAGCAUAUGCACACAGGGGAGAAACUCCAUCAGUGCUCAGAGUGUGGGAAGAGCUUCAUUCAGUCCUCCCACCUGGCUGUGCACCAGUGUAUCCACACAGGGGAGAAGCCACAUUAGUGCUCUGAGUGUGGGAAGAGCUUCACUCUCUCCCCCAUCCUGGCUAGGCACCAGUGUAUCCACAGAAGGGUGAAGCCAACUUCAUCACAACUGAACACCACCAGGUGCCAACUGCCCCUUCUGCCCUCCUUCCCUCCAUGCCAUUCUCUAGAGCAGCUUCCUUGGUAAUCAAGCCCAACAAUUUAAUGCGAUCCCCCUGUGGUGGAUCUCUACAUCCUCUCAAGACCUAUGAAAUGCGAAAAUACAGGUAAAGGAGGUGUAGGCUGUGACAUGUCCUGCCCCUUGUGUGGAAGGGUGGGGAAAGAAUGAAGGCAUCCUCUGGGUGAAAUGCAUCAUGUUGUAAUCUCCCUUUGGGAAUACUGAGGUUUCCCUCCUUGAGGUUGAACAGGUUCAGGUCCUUCAGUCUCUCCACGUAGGGCCUGUCCUGCUGCCCUCUCACCAAACGGGUGCCCCUCCUCUGAUCCCUCUCCAGGCUGGCCACACCUCUUUUGAAGUGCGGCGCCCAGUACUGGACACAGUACUCCAAAUGCGGCCUGACCAAAGUCGCAUAGAGUUUGAGCAUCACCUCUCUGGACUGGCUGGAGAUGCACCUUUGGAUGCAUGAAAAGGUGUGGCUGGCCUUGCUGGCUGUGGUCUGGCAUUGGCGGCUCAUGUUCAUCUUGGAGUCAAUAAUGAUUCCAAGAUCUCUUUCCGCCUCUGUGCUUUCAAGGGGAGAACUCCCAGUCUUUAUGUAUGCUGUGGAUUCCUUCUCCCCAGGUGCAGCACCCUGCAUUUGUCUGCGUUGAACCCCGGCCUAUUUUCAUCUGCCCACUUUUGUAGCCUGUCUAAAUCUAGAUGCAGCCUCUCUCUCCCUUCAAGUGUGUCCACCUCGCCCCACAACUUAGUGUCAUCAGCAAACUUGGACAGCGUGCUUUCCACCCCCUGGUCCAAGUCGCAAAUGAAGCACUAGCGUAUCCACACAGCCUCUCUCACCCUUCAAGUGUGUCCACCUUGCGCCACAACUUAGUGUCAUCAGCGUUCCACCCCCUCAUCCAAGUCGUGGAUGAAGAUGUUAAACAGUGCGGGCCCGAAGAGCAAGCCCUGGGGGACCCCACUGCUCACAUCUCGCCAGCGUGAGGACAACCCAUCCACCACUACUCUGGGUGUGCCCCAACAGCCAAUAUUUUACCCAUCCUACUAUGCAGGCAAUGAUGCCACAGUCACUUAAUUCAUUGAUGAGGAUGGGGUGAGAGACAGUGUCAAAGGCCUUUUUAAGGUGUAGAAAGACUAUGUCCACAGCAACACCAUCAUCCAAGGAUUUAGUUACUUGGUCGUAAAAGGCAAUCAGGUUGGUCUGGCAGGAACUGCCUUUGGUGAAGCCAUGUUGAUUGCCCCCAAGCAUGAUCUCCCCUGCAGGCCUUCACAGAUGUGCUCCUUGAUGAUCCCCUCUUAAAGCUUCCCAAGCACCGAGGUGAGGUUUACAGGCCUAUAGUUACUCGUGUUCUCCUUCCGCCCUUUCUUGAAAAUUGGGACCACAUUAGCCAGGUUCCAAUCCCCCGGCACCUGGCCAGAUGACCACGAAUGCUCAUCCAGCCAGGCCAAAGGGACCCCUGCCAGCUACCUCAACACCCUUUGGGUGGAGGGCAUGUGGACCUGCAGAUUUAAAAAUGUCUAGCCCUUCCAGAAGAUCCUUAACUACAUCUGCACUGACUGAAGGCUUGAUAGAGCUAUCCCCAAGGUUGUCCCUACCUCUGGUAGGUGGGAUAUCCCGGUCCCUGUUCAGGAAAACAGAGGCAAAGAAACUGUUAAAAAUAUCAGCUUUCUCUUCCGGUGUGGCCACCAGAUUACCAUUUGUGUCUUGCAGGGGCCCUACAUUGCCUGGUGCCCUCUUCUUGCUCCCAAUGUACUUGAAAAAAGACUUUUUGUUGUCCUUAAUCCUGGACGCUCGCCUGAGCUCCAUCUCUGCCUUGGCCUUCCUAACAGCCCUCCUGCACCCCCGGGCUGAGGAGAAGUACUCCUCCUUGGUGACAGUUCCUCCCUUCCACUGGUUGUAUGCCCCGCAUUUAGUCCUCAGGCAUUGCUGAAUUCCCCUGCUGAGCCAAGGGGGUUUCUGAGCGCUCUUACCCCCUUGCUUCUCUCAGGGACUGUUAUCCUUUGGGCCUGGAGGAUCUUCCCCUUAAGGUACGCCCAUCCCUCAUGGGCUCCCAUCUCGUCUCCCUUCUAGGUCCUUAGUGGCUCCCCCACUAGUCUCCUAAGCUCAUUGAAGUUGUUUUCUCAUUUAGUCUGGAGAAAAGAAUACUGAGGGAGGCUUGAAUAGCAGCGUUUAACUACCUGCAGGAGGGUUCAAAAGAGGAUGGAGCUGGACUGUUCUCAGUGGUGGCAGAUCCCAGAAGAAGGAGCAACAGGCUCAAGUGGGAGCAAGGGAAGUUUAGGUUGAAUAUUUGAAGUAUUUUCUUACUAGAAGGGUAGUAAAAUACUGGGCUAGUGUACCCAGAGAGGUAAGUGGUGGAAGCUUUAUCCUUGGAAGUUUUCAAAAUCUGUCUAGACAAAGUUUUGUCUGGGAUGAUCUAGUUGGAAAUGGCCCCUCUUUGAGCAGGGGUUUGGACUAGAUGACCUCCUGAGGUACCUUCCAACCCUCAUUUUCUAUGGCUCUUUAUAGCAGAGCUUUCCAAACUUUUCAUGUUGGUGACACAUUUUUUAGACAUGCAUCAUUUCGCGACACAGUAAUUCAGUUCUGGGGGAGGGGCCAAGGGAAGCAGACGCGAGUAAGGGAGCUCCACGGUGCCCUUCCGCAAAAUUUUCUGCAUUUCGCGCGACACACCUACAGACUGCCACCGACACACUAAUGUGUCGCGGAACACAGUUUGGAAAGCUCUGCUUUAUAGGAAUGCCUGUUCUAUACAUUUGGGUGUUUUGGUUAUAGCCCUGUUGGUCUUCUCUGGCAUAUAUUUGCAUUUUCAUAGACCUGCAUUUUGCAUAUUGUCUUAAGUUUCUAUUCCACUCAGGAGAGCCCACAAACACCAGCAUAAUCAUCCUGACUGAAGAAGGGUGUUUGUGCCCAAAAGCUCGUACAGAACUAUUAUUCCAAUGAUUUAGUUGAUCUAAUAAAAGAUCUCAAGUUUACCCCAAGAA